AUGGCGGCAACACGACCGCCGGACGAGGCGGUUGUGUUUCUCUUCCGAUUCGGGCAUGACGGGAGCAGCAUGGUGGUCACCAUGGCCGACGCGGAGAGGGUGCUCGACACGGCGAGCAAGACGAGGCUGUGCCGACGGGACCCCGAGUUGCUUCUCGAGAUCUUCAUGGAGAACUGCGGUGCUGGCCCAGAGUCUUCUCCCCGGUCCGUGUGGAUGACCAAGGGGGAUUUCGAUGCUUCCAUCCGAGAGCUGGUGCCUGCCAAAUGGAUCCCGGAAGAGGACAAGCAACGCCUUAGCCAGGUGCUGUCGGCGGUGUUCUACGCGUUCGAAGAGGCCCCGGGGAAGGGGGUCUGCGUCGCGGAGAUCGUGGGUGGCCUCAGCCUGCUUUGCGCGGGCAACAAGAGCUCCAAGCUCGCGUUCGCCUUCCACCUUUUCGCGGUCCACACGGACGAGGGCGGCUGCCUCACGCCGAAGCUUCUGGGAAACUUCCUCGGGUCCUUCGCGACGGUACUGUGCGCGUGCACGGAGGAGGGGAUGGAGAUGGCGCCGGAGAUGCUCCGCAGCGUCAUCUCGACAGCCUCAGAGACGGCUGUGACAAGCUUACUGGACACCCUCGAUGCCGCAACGGAGGCGGAGAUAUCGUUCGAGGACGUGGGGAACUGGUAUAACACGGGCGGUUUUGAAGUGAUUCCGUGGCUGGAGCUGUUGGAUCUGCGAAAGUGGGCGGCCACGACCGGUUUGGAAGGACCCUCGGCCCCAGCGUUGGACAAGAGCGGCGACGAUGAGACGCAGGCUGCAGCUGCGGGCGGGGAGGGAGGGGAGGCAGAGGGGUGGGGGGGGGCGAUGGAGGACAACGUGGCGUUCCAGUUUAGCUUGGGGCCUGCCAAGACCGCGGUAGUGCUUACCAUCACAGAAGAGGACGUAUCGAACGUUCUGGAGCUGGCGCAGGGGACCGGUCUCGCCAACAAGGACCCCGCAGACGUUGCCGCCGCCCUCCUAGCCGCCUCCGAGAACACCAAGGCCAAGAAGGUCAACAAGGCGGCCGGCGGAGGGGGCGUGGCGCGGCGGGGGAUGCUGUCGAAGAACGCGUUCGACCACUGCAUCAGAGGCCUUGUGCCGGGGAGGCGGCUUAGCCAGGGGCAGAAGGAGAGGUUCUCGGGACUGCUGUCGGCAGUCUUCUUCGCCUUCGACUUCGACGGAAGCGCGUCGGCCGAUGCGAGAGACCUGGCGAGCGGUUUCUUCCUGCUGUGCUCGGGCAACAAGAGCGUCAAGCUAGCGAGCGCGUUUCGACUGCUGGACGAGGAUGGCGACGACCAGCUAACCAGGGAGGGAGUCUGGCGGUUUUUGAGAUCACUCCUAUCGAUCCUGAUGGGGUUCAGCGGCGCGUGCCAGGCGAAGUCUCAGGCGAAGGUCGUAGAGGAUGUCGACUCCAUCGCCGCCUGGUCGAGCAACCUCAUAUUUCAGAGCCCUAACUUGGUGAUGCGGGACUCUCUCUCGUUCGACGAACUCGCGGCGUGGUACACCCAGGAGGGGUACAAGGUGGCCCCGUGGUUGGAGCUGCUGGAUCUCAACAAGUGGGCUGUCGGUGCAACGGGGAACGCCCCAGGGGGCGGGCGAAGCGGUGGCAACGGCCCCCAGAUGCGGCAGCACGCGCAGCCGAAGACCAUGGUCCCCCCGGGGAAGCCGCUCAUUGCGGAGCCGAAGCCCCCGACCCCGGCGGCGGCGGCAGCGGCGGCGGAGCGGGGAGACAACAACGGCAGCGGGGGGGUGGGGGUGGGAGGCGGCGGCGGGGCCCCCGCGGCGGUGAACUCCGCCUCUGCAGCGGGGCGGAACGUCGGGAGCGCGGGCGCGGCGGCGGCGGCGCAGGCAGCCGGAGGCGGCGGAGGCGAGGCGGCAGCCGGGCAGUCGGCCCUUACCGCCUACGGGGCGGCGGCGGGCACGAAAGGAGCGGCGGCGGCGGCGCAAGCGGCGGCGGCGGCGGCGGGCAUGAAGGAGAGCAACGGGUUGAACGAGCGGCCCGCGGGGGGGGAGGGCGCGGGGGAGUUCGAUGGGGGUUCUAACCCCACGAGCCAGGUGCUGUUCACGUUCCCGCUCGUGCCGGACGUGGAGCUGCUUGUGAUGCAGGAGGACGUGGACUUCGUCCAGAGGAUUGUCGUGGGAACGCGCCUGGCGGCGCUGCUGCCGCAGGACAUCCUGGAGACGUUUCGAGAUAAGGCCACGUCCGGACCGAGGGGGAAGGAGGUGACGAAGGAAGCAUUCGACACGGGGAUGCAGGAACUGGUACGGCUGCAGAGCAUGCUCGAAGACGAGCGUGACCUGUUGUCGUUCGCGCUGGCGAAUAUCUUCUUCGCCUACGAUCGGAUGCAAGAGGGCAGGGUCUUACUGAGGGACCUGGCGUGCGGCUUGUCCUUCCUGUGCUGUGGAUCAAAGUCGUCGAAGCUGGCGUUUGCCUACUCGCUCUUCGGGGGUGGCGGUCGAUCACCACAGGAGGGAGAAGCAGGAGGAAGACAAGAGCGCGCCACCUCUAGAGACGGGACAGGGUCAUCGGCGGACGGGGGGGGAGGGGCCGGGUGGGGUGAGGGCGGGUUUGACGCGGAGGGAGAGGUUUCUAGAGAGGCCAUCGGAGCGUUCGUUUCGGGGCUGUUGACGGUGCUGUGCUCCUGCGUGGGCCAGAUGUUGGAGCUGACCAACAGAGAGAUGUGGGCCAUUGUGGACCGGUCCUCGGAGUUCACUCUAGAGGCGUUGUUUGAGGACCCCGAAUCUGUCUACAGAGGGAGGACAAACCUCACGUUCGAGGAGUUCGGGCUUUGGUAUAACGAGGGGGGGUUCAAGAGCGUCCCCUGGAUGGAGCUGGUAGACUUAUCCAAGUGGGUCCCAGGGGUGGGUGCGCUCAGACCAGUGAUGGAGGGGCCGCUGGGUAACAACGGUGCGGAGAUGGACAAGAAGCCGCGGUUCUGUUUCCAGAUCUCUGAGUCCGCUAACCCGGUGCACCUGGUGAUUUCCGACGACGACGCGACGGCUGUGCUGGAUCUCGUCAACAAGACGGGGCUGUGCAACCGGGAGCCUGCAGACGUGUGCGGCACUCUUGUGUCGGUGGCGAAGGACGGGGUGUUAAGCAAGGCCGCGUUCGACAAGUGCAUCCGGGGGAUGGUGCCGGCCUCGCUGCUGGACACGGAGGAGAAGACCUCCUUCUCGGUGCUGCUGAGCAGCAUCUUCUUCAGCUUCGACCGGGAUAACACCUCUUCUGCCGACGCGAUUGAGUUGGCGUCCGGAUUCUCGCUCCUGUGCGCGGGGUCUAAGUCGGCCAAGCUCGCGUUCGCGUUCGGGCUCCACGACGAGGACGGCGACGAGAGGCUCACCCGACGGGGGCUCUGGCGCUACACCCGCUCCUUCCUCACCGCCCUCAUGGCCCUGAGCUUCGCGUCCUCCAGCCUGUCCGCCGAGGAGCUGACGAGGGCGGUCGACGACGGGGCGGUCUGGACGAGCGCGGCCAUUUUCGCGGAGACGGCGACGCAGACCCCUAACCGGAUCGGCUUCGACGAGUUCGCCGCCUGGUACACGGAGGGAGGGUUCCGUGUCAGCCCGUGGCUAGAGCUCCUCGACAUGGGAAAGUGGGUGGUUCCCUCGAACGCUUUGCCCCCCGCCGCCGCGGCCCCCGCCGCGGGGGCAGUCGGCGGUGCAAGCGAGUAGGUGCAAAAGGAUAGGUAACGCUUCAGCAGGAGGCCCGUGUGUGUCGGGAGGAGGAAGCCGCUGGGGAGCCCAUCCUGGGCGACGGCCUGGUAGGGGGGUCCGCAAGAGAGAGACGAGGGGCGGGGAGGGGGCACCCUGGCUGGCACUGGCGCGGUUUCUGUAUUCUCUGGUUAUCUCGGAUCUCAAAACCUCCUUGCUUGCGAUGCGGGAGGAAGACAGUAGAACAGCUCGCGAGUCCGGAUCCGAGAUGUGGUGGUGUUUUGAAGAUAAUUGAUAAUUGUUUUGUUUUCUUGAAGCUAGGUGUUUGCUGCCCGUUCUCUACUCUACUCCGUCACCGCGUCUUCCCGCCGAUCCUUGAGCCCGAUAAUUUGUCAAUGGUCGUUUCUCGGUCGCGUUUGGAAAGAACGCUCUUGUGUGGCGGCUUCCCCGGGUGUUUUGCUUGUUCGUGGAGGGUUUGCUCUUGAGGGGGUUACGGGCGGGGGGG